CUGUGAGGUACAUAACUGCCCCUAUACUUAUUAUACUCUUUGGGUAACUGGAUGUCAAAAUCAGCUGUGCUGUGUGUGUGUGACAAUACAAAGAGUAUUAUAGUAUUAUUGUAUUCAGUAUUGUUAUUUGCGAUUUUGUGGUGCUGGUAAUGAUACCUACAAUAAUUGCUUUAAUUAUUAUAAUUUGAUAAAAAAAGAUAUCCAGACAUGUCUAAAGUGCUGAUAAUAAGACAUUUACCAGCUGCACUAUCUUUUGAAGAUAAAGAACAACUCUUAAAACAUUUUGGUGCGGAAAAUGUUUGGGAAACAAGAUCGAAACACAUCCAACUGCCUCCACCGCUACCAAGUGAAACAGAGUCUGAGAUAUCCAGUGCAGAAGAUGAGCAUAAAGUAGAACCUAUCAGAAAACUAGUGACAAGGAAAAGAAAACUUCCAGUUCCAAAACCAAUACAUCCUAUCAAGCUCCAAGCAGUGCUGCCAGUCACAACUAAAACAAAGAAAACAAUGGUUCAUCAGGAAGAAGUAUUUGAAACAGUAACUCCUAUUCAAGAACCAAAGAAAAUCUUGUUGAAUGUUCAUCAAGAUGCUCUACAGAAACCCACCGAGGAACCUGAAGUUAUUGGAGAACUUGGGAAGUUCCAAAAAGAAGAUCCACCGGUUGAGGUUGAAGACAAACAGGAAGAAUCAGACCAGCCAGUCAUUACCAAAAAGGAACUAUUACGGAAUAGGAUAUCACUCAGGGAUAUGAAGAUAUUACCAGUUUUCAAAAAUUACCAUCCUGGGGAACCAUCAAUGAGACUGUACAUUAAAAAUUUAGCUAAGUCUGUGUCUGAAAAAGACUUAAUGAGUAUUUAUAAGAGAUAUGUUGAAAAAUUGACUGAUAAAGAAAUGACUGGUUUUGAUGUACGAGUCAUGCAAGAAGGUAGGAUGAAAGGACAAGCAUUUGUGACAUUCCCUUCUGUGCGUAUAGCAGAAACAGCACUGCAUGAAACUAAUGGCUACUUGCUAAAGGAAAAGCCAAUGGUUGUACAAUUUGCUAGAGCUGCCAAUAAAAAGACAAUAGAGUAAUAUUUUGUGUUUAUUAUUUUAGUUCAUCAGUAACAACAUAGUACAUUAUUUAC